GCUGAGCGUUGCGGAGAGCGAUCGCGAACGGUGGCGGUUGCGUUUUUGUUGCGGUAUUUAAUAUCGAAAGAGUUUAAAGAGCUGUUUCGCUGAGUAUAUGUUCACUGGAGCCACGAGGCUGUUUGCCGAGAUGCUCGGCGCGCGGCGCCGGGCGCACUGACGGUGGCGCGGGCGCGCGGACACGGACGCGGACUUUGGCGCAGGGUCUCCUGCAGUGAUUCAACGGCGUCGAUGAUGGAUCGGUGAUCGAUCGCCGAUCGGACCCGUGUUUGAGCAAUGCACGUGCCGGGGCUCCCCACUCCUGCGCCUGCGCGACAUGGGGCCAUAAAAUGGAACCAUUAGGAAAAUGGAGCAAAGACUUUGUGGCCCUUAAGCUGUUGGAUAAGAAGUCGAACCGCAAAAAGAAUGGCAGCACAGGCUCCUGCCCGGACCUGAUCAUGAGCAGUAAAGAGCAGUCUGAGCCUCAGCCGGGCCACAUGGUCCUCACCCCGCAGCUCCCCCCACGUGUCCACCGGCCCCUCUGCCUCUCCGUCUCCUCUGACAGCAAUGGCCGCUUCAAGGCUCUGGAGACGCAGGAGUGGAAGAACAACCUCAAAGCCCAGAUGGAGCAGGCCCACAGUGCCGGAGCAGCCAGCAGCACGGGCUCCCUGGAGCGUGCCUCCCUCUUCUGCGCCUCUGGUGCCUCCAAUACGUCCUCCAGCUCAGGCCUCUCGAGUCCCGUGGAGCUGCUGGUGAAGAGCAAGUCCUCCAGCCGCUUCUCGCUCUUCUCCCCGCCCUGGAACAGCAGCUCUGAGUCGGAUUCCAACCCCCCGUCCCGCUCCGGUUCCAAGAAGUUGCGCAACUACAGCCGCAAGGGCGCGGCCGCCGGGGCGGGAACACCGGGUGGCACGGAUCCCAAGCCUACGGAGGGCGAGCACUUCCACUACUCCGAGCCGGUUAUCUCCAAGGUGACGGACUACAUCUAUGUGGGCAAUCUGAACGCGGCGUACAACGGGCGCACGUUGUGUCGCAACAACAUCGACAGCAUCAUUGACAUGAGCAGCCUGCCGGGGGAAGCGGGGCCCUGCCUCAUCCCUUGCACGUGCAGCCGCGGCGCCCGUCACAGCUGGUCCCGCCUCAAAGUGGACAUCGGCGAGGGCCCCACCCUCCCGCAGCGCUGUUUCGAGGACAUCAAUGGCUGCAUCGACGCCUCCACGGAGAAGCGGAAGCGCGUGCUCGUGCACUGCCGCGAUGGUUACUCCCUGGCACCCGUCUGCGUAAUCCAGUACCUCAUGGUGCGCCAGAACAUGAGGCUGAUCGCCGCUUAUGAGCUCCUGAGGGCCAAAUACCCGGUGAACAUCAGGGAGUGCCACCAGAACGUGCUUGUGAGCCUGGAGAGAGCACUGCGCCCGGGAAGCAACGAGGACCCCGAGUGCUUCAAGCAAGCCAUCUCCCGCAAAGUGGCUUGGACCUGAUUCCUGGCAGUGCCAUCCUGGGCAGACGUCCGCUCCGCGGGUUGGUUUUAAAUAUCUCACUGCAGACCGGCUUUGCGUAGCGCAGAAGUGAGCUCAACGUCGUGAUGUCAUUCAUCACUUGGAAGUCAUCUUCGGAAAGGAAACUGGCGACCGUUGUUAUUGCUGUUAGCGGCCUUGUAUUUCACACUAACCGAAAGGAGAACUUGGGAGCCAUCGCGGCGUUGAGGCGUUCUUCUCGAUGACCAAGACUGUGGCGAUUCUACUUGUGGGUCGCCCUUUUUUCUUAGCACUCCUUUCGGAGGCUCCUCCCUGCUCUAAAUUUCCGUUUCAACCUAGCUUCCCGCUAUGCUGAUCCCACACUUUUAUUUCAGGGCAUUUAAUACGAGAUCUCAGGUGACCCAAUGAUGUCAGAUGGAGUUGCUGGGCGACCAAGGAAACGACACAGUCAGCCCCAGCCUCUGACUAGAGCAGAGCCCGCCCAUAUCCGUGCCUGGGGGCGGCAUGAUAAUACUGACGUUACAAGGUCGUUGCUGCAUUUUUCAGAAGAAUAUUGCACAUGGAUGUUUAGAAGUCAAUAAAUUCGUCCCCCCCGAAAGUCGUGUCAUUACUGCUCCACCCAGGCAGAUCUCUGGUACUCCAGCAUGCCUGGUCUUGCUUUUCCAUGGCGACGUACCAGCAUACAUGCAUGAACUAAUGUCCUCUGUGAGGACCCGCUUCUCAGUCCAGUGAUAAUCCAAGUGACUGUCACACUUUUUGAAGAAGACCGCUUUGGUGCUUUUGGACAUGUGACAGUGUUGUGUUACCGUGUUGUACAAAUUUGGGGGGGGGGGUGUGUGUGUUGGACAGUCUGUCUCCGUGAGUGUCGGAAGGCCGAAGGGCGUGCGCCGAAUCGGCGCGUGGUACUGCAGAAAACAUUGCACUAUGUACUAGGCCCUCUUUACAACGCACGGGUCUGAAAUAUUUUAAGAACGGCAUCUGCGGUUCCUGUGGAAUUUUGUCGUGAUUUCAAGUGGCGUGUUCGUGAACCGUAGACUUGUUUUAAUCGAUCAUUUUAAAGUCCUCUACAGGUGCCUGUCUGUCGCCAAACUGACCUCAGUGAUAAAGCGAUAUUUAAAAAAGAAAAAAAAAAGUAGACAUAGUCAUCUUUCCCUCCUAUAUAGCUACAUAUUGAUCCCUGAUGGAAGCUGCAAGUUUGGUGCCUUUGUUUGAAAUGGUCGAGCGUGAUUGCAAAUCGACGCUCGCGGAUUUUAUAUGCAGUCGUUUCGGUCGGGCACCCACGGACGUCUUUACGCUUCUACGCAACCCGUGUUGUUUGUGGAAUACUUUAGUGAAGUGUUAGCAGAGUACAGUUCUCCUCUUUGAUAUCGAGUGUUGUAGGUGACCACGUGGUCAUCAGUGCCAGUAUUUUUCGAUGCACACGUUGUUAUGACCAAUGCAAGACAUGUGUGAAGUGUUAUCGGACAUAGUGCUGCAUUCUCUUUUUGUGUCGUAUUGAAUGCCAAAUCCAUAAAAUGUUUUUACCUUACAAAAAAUAUGGAAAAAAAAAUGGCUUGUAGAAUUCAAUAUAUUGUUCUUGCUUCUUGAGAUGAUUUUUAAUAUAGGGACUGGUACUUUGUCAGUGCUAGAUAGAUUUAAAAUCCUAAACACUCAGGCACAUUUUUAGACUCAUAAUGUUUUGAUUGAACUGAACAGGUAAUUGCCGAACAUGUGAAAGUACAUUUCCUGUGUCAUGGUUUUAAAGUCCCAUGGAUUUGUAAAUUGAGUUAUGAAUAUUAAAAGAAAUAUGUCAGACUU